AUAGUCUAGUCUUAAUUAGUACAAGUGUCUUUUUUUGAAAAACAGUAUUAAAAUUGAAACAUUUUAGCAGAAAUUUUUAUUGUCAUUUAGUAAAAUGUUGUCGAAUGAUCCGAUAGUAACGCGGAUUUUAAAAGCAUUCUGCUUUCUAUUCGCUUUUGCCUAUCUCGUCUUAAGCACAGAAGCUGCUUUAUUCGAUGGCUGUGAUCAUACUUAUAAUAUAGCUGGUGGCUAUUCAUAUCUAGAAUCACCCUACUAUCCAAAUUCAUAUCCUAAAGGUUCAUCUUGUCGUUAUAAGUUUGUGGCUCCCCUGGACUAUGAUAUAGUAGUUAAUUGUACCAUAAACAUAGCUAAAGGUUCCAGCGGUUGCACUACCGAGUAUUUUUAUUUGGCACGCGAUGGCGAUGUUCUACUACGAGGCUCUGAGAAAUUCUGUGGUGCUGGUACAUUUAUACGUAGAUCUGUUUUUCGUUCAGUAGUUUUGGCUUACGAGUCCGGUGGUGGUACUGGUAAUUUCCGUUGUUCAUUGUAUGCUGCCCCACAACCCUGUGACUGUGGCUGGUCGGUAAAUACGAAAAUUGUUAAUGGUCAACAGACAUCCACAAAUGAAUUUCCCUCUAUGGUGGCUCUUAAGGAUAGAACCACAAAUCAGGCUUCCUAUUGCGGAGGAGCUAUAGUAUCUCAUAGAUAUGUAUUAACGGCCGCUCAUUGUGCUCGUGUUCAAACUAAUCCGGCCAAUAUAUUGAUCCGAGCUGGACGUCAAAAUCUGUUAGCUAAUCCAGAUACCAUGUAUGCAGCUGAUUAUUAUGUUAGUCAAAUUAUUGUACAUGGCUCUUACACAGCUAAUCCGGUAAAUAACGAUAUUGCUCUACUUGUAACAACAACAAAUAUUGAAUGGUCUAGAGGUGUUGGUCCGAUUUGUUUACCCUCAGAUGCAAAUGCGUAA